ACUCCAACCACUAUAUGUUUCGAUUUGUGUAUCGGUGUAAUUAUAUAUUGUAAAGCAGUGGAAUGUCCGUCUAUGGGCAUUGUUAUUUUCGUCAUAGCCUGUUCCUCUGCCAAAUUUCCAAUCAAUAACCAUAAAAUAGUAUACUCGCAAACAAAAUGACAGAGAAGCAUUGUGGGAAUUAAAAUGAUUGAAAGUUGCCCAGGAUUUUUAUCAAUGUGGGAGGAACCCAACGACAAAUUUCGCCCUCGACGACAUAGAAAACAUUUACGAUGUUGAUUCAGCUGCAUCUUUAUAAGGCGUAUUGAGUUGAAGGAGGUUCAAGGCAUCUUAACAACAAUUUUCUGUGUUUCAAAACAGAGAGAAGAGGAAUGGCUGGAGAUUGGGUAGACAGUGGAGACAACGCAUGGCAGAUGACUGCGGCCACAAUAGUAGGGAUGCAGUCGGUGCCAGGGCUCGUCAUUCUGUACGGCAGUAUUGUGAAAAAGAAGUGGGCCGUCAACUCGGCCUUCAUGGCUCUCUACGCCUUUGCAGCGGUGUUAGUGGUCUGGGCACUUUUUGCUUUCGACCUCUCCUUUAAUUCUGCAGAUACGCUUGUUCCACUCUUGUGGGGGAAGCCAAGUUUUAAGUCUCUGGGUCAACAUUUCUUGUUCGAUGCACCGAAUGAAGCUGUUAAAUUCCCUAACGCCACCUUCGUCUUCUUCCAGUUCGUCUUCGCCGCAAUCACACUCAUUCUCAUCGCCGGCUCGCUUCUGGGGAGGAUGAAUUUCCAUGCCUGGAUGUUGUUCGUACCCUUAUGGCUUAUUUUUUCAUACUCCAUUGGCGCCUAUUCCUUGUGGACUGGUUUGUUUCACUCUAUGUAUCCAACAAUAGAUUUCGCGGGAGGCUAUGUUAUCCACCUUUCAUCGGGAGUAGCAGGAUUCACUGCCGCCUACUGGGUUGGGCCGAGGUUGACGAAAGAUCGAGAAAGAUUUCCCCCGAAUAAUGUGCUGCUAAUGCUGGGAGGCGCAGGUAUGCUGUGGUUGGGAUGGUCGGGAUUUAACGGAGGAGCCCCCUAUUCUGCCGGUCUAAUUGCUUCCUUGGCGGUGCUCAACACACAUAUCUGCGCCGCCACUAGUCUGCUCAUGUGGUUAUGCCUCGAUAUGAUGGUCUUUGGAAAGCCUUCCGUCAUCGGUGCAGUGCAGGGGAUGAUCACCGGUCUCGUCUGCAUCACUCCUGGAGCAGGUGUUGUGCAACCAUGGGCAGCAAUUCUGAUGGGAAUGCUUUCAGGCAGUGUUCCGUGGUUGACAAUGAUGGUUGUUCACAAGCGCUCAGCUCUUCUUCAGAAGGUGGAUGACACCAUGGGCGUUUUCCACACCCACGCUGUGGCGGGCCUUCUCGGAGGAAUUCUUUCUGGCAUUUUCGGCCAUCCUACCCUCUGUGUCUCUUUCUUCAACUCUGAUCUCAACAAAAACCCCAAUCCCAUUGGAUUUAUAUACAGUUUCAAUCGUAAGUACUAUCAACAUGUAGAUGGUUACAAGUAUACUCACACUGGUCCCGUACAAAUCUUGUACCAAAUAUUCGCUGCGAUGUUUAUCAUAGUGCUGAAUGUGGUGAUGACGAGCAUUAUAUGCUUGGUGAUUCGGGUGAUCGUUCCCCUGCGGAUGCCUGACGAUGCACUGGAAAUCGGAGACGACGCAGCGCAUGGGGAAGAGGCUUACGCUUUGUGGGGCGACGGCGAGAAGCUGGAACUCUCAAAACAUGGUGGAUCCCAAUAUGAAUUCGAAGACAUGUCUGGCCUCCCCACCACCAAGAAGACUGCCAAAGCUGAAGCUUGAUCCCCAGACUUCUAUUUUCUAUUGACGGAUUGUCUUGCAUUCUAUUUACUUGUUUCCUAGAUAUUUUAUAUUUAGUCGUGUGUACCACAGAACUGAAAAUUAUGAUUCUAUAAAUUUCCGUAUUUUGAUUUU